ACACUGAAACACUCCCGGGGUUUCGCCGCGGUUAUCGGUACGCUAGUUUGUCAUUCGGGGCGUCAAAGGUAAGCGAGAAUAUAUAUAGUGUUCGCCGAAGUCAGGAGUGAGGUAUGUCGCUAAAGCUAUGGCUCCACCCCUCCCCCUGCCCGAGGAUCGCUGGAGGUUAGGCCGCAUGACUGUUACUGGCGCUCAUAAAAAUACACGAAAGGGGACGUUUAGCUCCGGAUCACGGCGAAACCAUUAACACGACCUUACGUUAUGGUUUCACCCGUUCCGUUUUUGAUUCAGCCGUUUUUAAUCAGCGCUACAGUAACUGUUAGAGGGACUCCAAAAGUCUGCCCUCAUUUCACAACAAACAAGCGCAGCACUUCCUUGAACAAUCAAUGUUAGUGCAGGAAGGCGCUGAUUUUUAUACCGAUAUGUUCUGAUUAGUAUGUGAUUAUUGCUUGUUAUGGUAUGCUUUAAGACGUUUAUAUUUUGAAAUAUCAGUGGGUGUGUUUCUGUUUUGUUCCUCGUUACUGGAUCUUCGCAAGGAGUUUUGAAAGGCUGACAUCUAGAUUGGAAACUGACAUCUAAACGACACGUUAUUCGAGGGGCGACUUACAAAGUUGGAGGACAAAGUGAAUAUGGUCAGUCUAGGAGGAAGAACAACAUGCAAAGCUCACUUUCCGAAGACCAAAGUUGACUGACUCGUGACUCGUGUCUGAGCCUAAAUGUGUGAGACGAAGCUGUGGACAGUUACUAGAUAUAGAGGUUUUCAUAUCUUCUCAUUUUAGAACACACAGCUAUCAAAAAAAGGGGGUCAGCUGAAACCGUCUGUGCCGACAGCACGUUUGGGAGUAUUUUUCCUUCUCGGUUGUGCUGAGAACUAAGCGAUGGCCAUGGUGAGAGGGGGGUGGGGAGAUCCCAAUGGGGAGACUAAUGGACUUGGUGACAAGGGGUACCUGAGGGGAGAUGAGGACGAUGGGUCACCGCAAGGAGGCGGCAGCGACAUGGAGGCCGGGGAGGAUGAUAAAGGAUGUGUGGUGGACUGUGUGGUCUGCGGUGACAAAUCCAGUGGGAAACACUACGGUGUGUUUACUUGUGAGGGCUGCAAGAGCUUCUUCAAACGGAGUGUCCGACGAAACCUUAACUAUACCUGCAGAUCAAACCGAGACUGCCAGAUUGACCAACAUCAUCGCAACCAGUGUCAAUACUGCCGCUUAAAGAAGUGUUUCCGGGUGGGAAUGCGCAAAGAAGCAGUUCAGCGUGGACGCAUCCCACCUUCGCAUUCAAGCCUCAGCCCAUCCACGACUCCAGUGGGCGGUAAUGCCGGCAGCGGCGUGAGCGAGUUCUACAAUGGGCAGCCGGGGUCUGAGCUCAUCUCCCAGCUCCUGCGGGCAGAGCCUUACCCUAACAGCCGCUAUAGCCAUCAGUACAACCAGCAGGUGCAGGGGGGCGGAGGAUCCAUGGGCAUCGACAGCAUCUGCGAGCUAGCCGCCAGACUCCUGUUUAGCAUCAUCGAAUGGGCCCGAAACAUUCCUUACUUCCCUGAGCUGCCUGUAUCUGAGCAGGUGGCCUUGCUGCGGCUCAGCUGGAGCGAACUGUUUAUUCUCAACGUUGCCCAAUCUGCCCUGCCCCUGCACAUGGCCCCACUGCUCGCCGCCGCAGGCUUUCACUCCUCUCCCAUGUCUGCUGAGAGGGUGGUGUCCUUCAUGGACCAGGUACGCAUCUUCCAGGACCAAGUGGAGAAGCUGACCCGCCUGCAAGUGGAUUCAGCAGAGUACAGCUGUCUGAAGGCCAUUGCGCUUUUCUCACCAGAUGCGUGUGGGCUGACAGACCCGGUUCAUGUGGAAAGCCUGCAGGAAAAAGCUCAGGUGGCCCUGACCGAGUACGAGCGCAUGCAGUACCCCGGGCAGCCCCAGCGCUUCGGACGGCUCCUACUGCGAUUGCCCGCUCUGAGGGCCGUGCCCGCCAACCUCAUCUCUCAGCUCUUCUUCAUGCGCCUGGUGGGCAAAACGCCCAUCGAGACGCUCAUCCGUGACAUGCAGCUGUCUGGCAGCUCCAUCAGUUGGCCGUACGCACCCGGACAAUAACCAUUAUCAGAUGUGACCAUGAAACCAGUCUGAACUGCAAACUAUCUCAGUGUGAUUUUGUUUUUUCAACCACACAUUCACAUCUGAUAUUCACCAGAUCACCUAGUGCAACAGGGUCUUGCUGUGGGAGUGGUGGAUUCAGUAGUACAUGGCAGAAGGCAUGGUGUAUGCUCUGUGUGAACUGUUUUAUGAGGCCCAGAAGCAUUCUUAAAAAAUGACUUGAGAAAUAUUGGUUAUCUGCUAGCCAAAGGUAAGAUGUUAGGUACAGAUUCAUAGCGAGUUAUUAAGUGGAAAUUGGGUAAGACCCUAAACACCAAGCUCUGUCAGUUGGGUGUAAACAUGAAAGUCACUUUGGACUGUCCCUGGAGGCAGCAGGAAAUCAAGUCCACCUCAUAUUCUGCUCUGCCCUGUCCUUGUGUACCAGAAUGCCUGAAGGAGGAGGAAGUAGACAU